AUGCGCGGCGAGCCGGACUUUGCGAACGCCUGGUGGAUGCGCUUCCUCGACAAGACAAAUGCCGUCGUCACGGGUCUCACUGCCAGCGUCCUCCUCUACACACGAUCCUCCGCCGUCGCCUACUUUGCGGCCGGCGCCGUCGUGUGCUCCCUCACCGUCAAAGUCGUCAAGAGGCUCGUGCGCCAGCCCCGCCCCGUCGCGACCAUCCGCGGCAAGCGCAAGACGUCUUACGGCAUGCCCAGCACGCACUCCGCCACAAUCACAUUCUACGCAGCGUACAUCACCCUCGCCUGCCUCUGCCUCCCAAUCCUCCCCUCGCUCCCCGACUCCCUGGCGACGCGCAUCGUCCCGCCCGCCGUCGUCCUCCCCUGGGCCGCCACCAUCGCCGUCUCCCGUACAUGGCUCGGCCACCACACCUGGCCCCAAGUGGCAGCCGGCUGCGCCUGCGGCCUCCUCUUCAGUCCCAUCUGGUUCUCUCUGUGGACACGCGGCGCGAACGACUAUGGCAGGCUCCUCGAACAAGCGCUGUUCGGCCGCAGCUGA